AUGGAAGGAAUUUCAGGAUCAUCAUGCAUCUUAUCUCAGUCUCAUCGGACGAGUGGUGUAAGAACCAUUGCAAAGUUAUUGGAAAAUGGAGGCGUUUGCGGAAUUCCUACUGACACAGUCUAUGCUCUUGCAGCUUCAUGCAAACACCCAGACGCCAUCAAAAGAAUUUACACCAUUAAGGUGAGAAGACAAUUGCUUAGUACUCGUUUGUUGGUGAACUAAUGAGAUAGGAAAUACAACCAUGAAUAGUAUAGGCACUUUUAAGGCUGAUCAUUCAAGAACUGGUGUUAUUUAAUUUAAUUGUAUUUUUUAUUAUUAUUAGCAGAGGGGGCAAGGGAGAGACGAAUCUCCUAAUAUCUUGGGCUAUAACAAAGUCAGGGAGCAAGCACAAGAGAACUACAUUUUCUGGUGGCUUUUUUUUAUUUUUAUUUUUUUUAUUCUGUAGCUUCAGUUGCCUGAGGUGGAAUUUUGGCCCUGGGUAAAAGCUUGUUGGUCCAAAUUUAAGAGGUAUUUUCCAACUUUGUGGCACAGUUACUAUUAACUUUAUUUUGGGAUGGGUGGGAGAGGGAUUUCCAGAUUUGGAACAAGAGCAGAAAUAGAUGUACGUAAAGCUGAAACUACAUUGGCUUAGUCAUGAUUUUUUUGUUUUUAUUUUAAUUAUUUCUGUUUUCUUUACCUUGUAUCUUAAUGAUUAUACUUUACUCUUUGCCACUUUGCCUUUAUAUUCAGAAUCUUUUUUUCACCCUAUAUUUCUUCGUAACUAUCAGGGUUAUUCACUAAAGUGAGAAUUCAAGGUGAAUUCAAAAUCCAAAAUGUCCAAACUAGAAACAUUCUCUAAAUCAGCUAUGUUUUCAGUUUGGCUGAAUUUGAAGUUCUGGUCUUAAAUUGGAAAUUCACUUUGUGUGUGUGUGUAACUAUAUAUGGCUAUUGGUCUAUAUCGUUUAUUUAGAGGCCUUUUUUAAUUUUAUGACUUGGGGAACGUGGUGAGAUUUCUCAUUACUAAGCAUAUUGAUAUUUUCUUUUUUAAUAGUAGGUGAAACAAAAUCUUUAAAUUCACUUAAUUCCGAAUAGCAGCAAACGAAAAUCUAAAUGGCAAAAUUUAGUCUGAAAUAUCCAUGCUGUGCCUAAAUCUGAGAUUGAAAUGUUUUCCAGAUAAACUAAUAUAUGGUGAAGCUUCUCAUUAAGAUUUAAAAUUUGCUAUCAUUCUGAGUAGAGUAAAUAAUCCCGAGAGUGUGGCUAUGCACAAAGAGGUAUAAACAUGCUGUAAGCACAGAGAAUUGUCUACGAAGUGUAAAAAUUAAAAAUGGUAGACUUGUCAUUGUGACAUCUUGCACAUAGUGCACGCACAUAAGAAGAAUUGGUUUGUUUGGUGGUAGCCUAAAUAAUUUUCUAGAAUGAUAACUUGAUGAAAUGUUACUAUUGUGUGUCCAGUAGUGUGUUAACGUGCGGUGGGAGGUGAGCUGUAAUGCAGUGUGCCCCAGGUGCGUAGCACAUGCAUACCAGAGGCAGAGCCAAACAGAAAGUGCCUGAUUUGCAGUUACCUUAUGACAGACUGCUAAGCAGGCAUCAUGAGAGCUACUGGAAUCAGUCUGUGUUCUGACUGCAAGUGUGACAGGAGCACUGAUGGAACAUCACACCAGCCAGGCAUCAGUACAGAACUAUAGGGAGCUGUGCAAUCAGUGCUGAUCCCAGCAACAAACCACUAGAUACAAGGGAUAAAAGUAUAAAUAAAAAAACAAAUGUGUGAGUGUGAAUAUAUGACUGUGUGAGUGUGUAUGAAUGUAAGUAUGUGUGAGUAUAUAAAUGUGAAUGUGGGUGUUUGUUAUUUCCCUAACAAAGUGGCAUUAGGGACAUUGUAGAGAGACAAAAUAAAUCAAUAAAUAAAAUUCUACAGUUUGGGAGCGGCGGAGGGAAGUGGGAAUGCCAAUGUAAGUUUCCGCUAUGGGUGUUGGAUAACCCAGGUACGCCUCUUUAUGUGUCUUAUAUUUAUAAGUGAAUUAAAAUAGUUAUUUGUUCUAAUUAGUUGCAUUCUUGCAAGGUUAUUAACAAAACAAAAAAAUGUUGUCAAAUGAAAAAAUAAUUGUUAAAUCUCCCCCUCUGAUAAUUGUAAAGCGCUACGGAAUAUGCUGGCGCUAUAUAAAUACCAAUAAUAAUAAUAAUAAAAUCAGAAUUGCAAAAUUAAGGUUAAACUAGUCAAGCUGUGACUAUAGCCAAGUUUGAGAUUUUCCCCAAACUUAGCUGUUUUAGCCUCAGAUCUGCCAUUCAGAUUGAAUGUGAUGCAUGUUUUAAUUUAAUUACUAAGUCAGUUGACAUUGACAUUUCAAUCAUCCCUUUACAGGAACGGCCUACUGAAAAGCCAGUCUGCAUCUGUAUCUCUAACCUCGAUCAGCUGAGAGUGAUUAAUCCUCCAUUCAGCCCCCUUCUCUGGAGGUUCAUGGACUUAGUUUACCCUGGGGGAAUCAGCUGCAUUGUCCAGAAAGGGGAGUGGCUAAAAAAAUUGGGUAAGCAAAGCUUUACCAUACGGCCUUAGGCAUGGAGACAGACAACCUCACGCUUCUUAUCCAUGCACACGGUCACACCCGCAUAUUUUGAACCAAACUUUCAUGGCAUGUUCCACUGCUCUCAAAUACUGCAUCCCGUUAGUUAGGUAUCAUUUGUUUGUUUAGUAUACUUGAUUCUAUUUGAAGUCCAGAGAUUUUAUAGUCAAAACUUUAUAGCUCCUUAUCAAUGUCUGAAGAUGAAGUGUUACAUUUUUAAUUCGUCCCUAGGACAUUAUUGUGAGGGAAUCAUUUUAAUUCUGCAUUCUGUCAGCCAUGACUUACACGGUCAGCCCAAAAGUAUGUCAAAUAUAUAUGCUCCCAGUGUGAAAUGAACUAACAAAUCACUCCUACAAGCCCAAAGGGACGGCUGGGACUAGUUCAAUGAUUCCAUUCCACACACAUACAUUACACAUAUUGAUGGUUAGCACAAAAUACACAUAAAGAAAGGGCAAAUAAACAGUAAUUUGAUAUCCAAAAUAAACUACUUGCCAUUUUAUGAGACUUGAGGUAAAUGGAAUUUACUGGACUAAUCAGUUACUCUCCACCUCUGCAUAAUUUCCUGAGUUACUCAAUCAGCCUACACAUUUGUUUGGCCAAUUAAGCUGACUUUUUUUUAAAGCUACAAGUCCUGCAUUUACUCCUGAUUAAUCCUUACAAAUCAAGCCUUUUGUCAUAAUCUUGGACUGUUAUCUGAGUAUGCCAAUAGAAUUCGAGUCCCUGAUCAUUUGGUUGUAACACUGUUUUCAAAUUGCUGUUAAAAUAAUAUAGUAAUAUAGUUACAUUUUUCCUGAAAAGAGACAUGUGUCCAUCAAGUUCAGCUUUCCUCACAUUUGUUUGUUGCUGCUGAUCCAAAAGAAGACAAAAAAAUCACCCAGUUUGAAGCACUUCCAAUUUUGCAACAAACUGGGGGGAAAUUCCGUAUUGACCCCACAAUGUCAGUCAGAUUUAUCCUUGGAUCAAGAAGCUAUUACUCUACAGUUGAAAAGUUACAUCAUUGAAUAAUAUGUUUUUGCAAGUAUGCAUCUAGUUACUGUUUAAACCCUUAAAGACCAAACUUCUGGAAUAAAAGGGAAUCACGACAUGUCACACAUGUCAUGUGUCCUUAAGGGGUUAAACAUCUGUACGGACUCUGAUAAAACGACUUUUACAGACAGAUAAUUCCACAUCCAUAUUGUUCUUACGGUUAAAAAAAAACAAAACAAAAAAACGUUCUUUUGGCUUAGACUAAAUCUUUUUUGUUCCAGUCUAAACGCUUGAACACGUGUCCUAUGUAAAGUCAUGUUUGUGAAUAGAGUCACACCUAGUCACACCUGCCACCAUGUGACUUACACAGCCUUCUACAGCUUUGUAUUCCUGGCACUAUAGUAUCCCUUUAACAUCAGAUUGAAAUGCAAACCAUUGUUUGUCAUGCAGUAAUCAUUGCUUUUUCUAUCUCUUAGGUGUAGGUCCUGCAUAUGACCAAGUUGGGACACAUCAGUCUAUCAUGAUAAGGGUUCCUGACCACACUGUCACUUCUCACCUCACUGAUAUAACAGGCCCAAUUGCUAUUACCUCGGCCAAUCCAAGUGGAGAGUCUGACAGCACUCACCAUGACAUGGUUAUAUCGUACGUAACAUAAACGUUUAUUAUUUUUAGUGGGUCUUUAUGGUAUAAGAGAUGAUGCAAGGAAUGCUAGAACCUUUAGUAAUACUAUUUCCAUUUGUACAUUUUCUCUCUCAGACGUCUGAGUGACAAGCUCGAUGCAGUUCUUUGUGAUGGAACUUCCAAUGAAGUUGUAGGAUCUACUGUAGUAAAUUGCUUGAAGAUAGAUGAAGGUGAGUUGUAUUAACUAAGAAAUGCCUUGAUGUACUUAUAUAAUGUCUUAUGAUUACAUGUUAUGUGUCCUACAAAUUAAGUACUCAACAGUUAAUUUGCGGUUGUUUUAUUGAAGUUCACCUGAAUGGCAUAGAAUAUAGACAUUUCUAGCAGUAAAGUGAUAGUUUAAAGAGGUAGAAAAGUGGAUCUCAAAAAAACAACUCUUCCUAAACACUGACAAAACUGUCAUAAUGAUCUUUGGAACAGUACCUAAAUUACACAAAUUACACAAUUCCCACCUAUCCAUCAAAACAAAUUCAAAUGGCACACUGACUGCAGUCCACUCUUUCAAAUACUUGGGUAUGUUGUUAGACCCCAAUCUAUCUUUUGGCCUCCACAUAGAAAAACUUGCAUCUAAACUUUAUCCAAAACUAGGUGCCCUGUACAGAAACAAAUCCUGCCUAAGCCCUUUAGUAAAGGAAAAGAUUGUACAGCAAAUGCUGAUGCCAACCAUUGAUUAUGGGAAUGUAGUAUAUGCAACUGCACCACAAUCCCACAUUAAUAAACGCAAUACAUUGUAUAACUCGUUCUGCCGAUUUGUGCUACAAUGUAAUUACAGGACACACCAUUGUGACAUGCUAAAAUAACUAAACUGGCUGUCGCUGGAAUCCAGACGAACCCUUCAUCUUUCCAGCCUUGUGUUUAAGAGCUUUUCUGGGAAACUCCCACCCUACUUGAGCAAAAUGCUCUCCUUAGCUUUUCUCACCUCCUAUAACCUCCGAUCCAGUACCAGCACUUUACUUAGUCUACCUCAAUGCAAAAAGAAAGCAGCCCGAUCCUCCUUCUCCUAUAGAGCACCGCAAUUGUGGAACAACCUCCCGCACACUUUAAAAUCUUCCCCAAGCCUAGAGUCCUUUAAGAGAUCCCUCUCUAUAUACCUCAAAACAGAAUGCACAUGUCAUGGGUGAUUAUAUAUUUCCUACCUGUUCUAUGGUAAAGUUUGUAUAUAUUGUGUAUUAAUAUUGUUUUUGUAUUUGUAUUGUAGUUGUAAUUUAGUGUACCCUAAUAUAACAAUGCAAUGUUUUGUGGACCCAGGACAUACUUGAAAACGAGAGAAAUCUCAAUGUAUCUUACCUGGUAAAAUAUAUUAUAAAUAAAUAUCAGAAAAUUAAAGUUGUACUGCAAAUUACUAUGCGUAUACAAUCAGUAGACAUUGCUAAUAACCAUUAUGAAGAAACUUUUUUUAACACUUAAGUAUAAUUCCCAAAAUAUAGUAAUACAGCUCUCAUAUUUUCUACUUGCUCUUUCUGUAAGAGAAGUUACUGUAUCUGGAUAUUUAUCAUAUGAAAUAUACAUGUAACUGGUUUAAAGAAAUACUCAUAGGUCUUAACUCCAAAUCACAUACUUUAUUAACUUAAAGGGAUACUAUAGGCACCAAAACAACUUUAGGUUAAUGAAGCAGUUUUGGUGAAUAGAUCACACCAUUGCAUUCUCAGUGCUCAAUUCUCUGCCAUUUAAGCGUUAAAUCACUUUGUUUAAACAGCCGUAGCCACACCUCCCCUAUGUGUGACUUAAACAGUCUUCCUAAAAACUUCCUGGAAAGAAAGAAAUAAGAAUAUACGUCCUUUAUUGCACACAGAGUUUAAUUUAGAACUCUUGUUCCUUUAAUAGCCUGCUAGAGUUAGCAGGAGCUAUACUUUGGCUCUGCUGAAUUUUAGUUUUGUCCGAAUACAUCCUAAAGAAAAUUAUGUUUCUUCUAAACUAAUUUAGUCCAUUUGGAUAUUUUGUUUUCAGAUGAAACUUGUUUAUUAUUUUUAUUUUAAAAUUUCAUUCAGACAUAUGAAAUUCCGCUAUCUGUGGCUGUAUCUUGCAGCCAUUUAACAGAUAACUUCCUAUACUGAUACGCUUGUAGGACUGCCAUAUUUAAGGGUACCAAGUUAGGGGACUGAGUAGAUAGCUCCCUUAUUUGGUAUCCUUAUUGCAAUAUUACAUAAGGAUUAUGGAGCUAUCUAAAAAGAUGACAAAAAUCUAAAUUAAGGUCCUAUAGGUCAAUUAAGAAAAUAUUAAUAAAGAUAAAGUAGUGGGAGAGAUUACAAUAAAAUGAAUGGGGGGAACUUAGUUAGUGUCCACCCUCAAGCCUCCCCCAUUGGCUUUGGGUGGGGGCUUUAAAUAUAAUAACAGAGGGCCUAUUGUACCCCCAUCCCUACUCAGUGGUGAGGGCUAAUAAUAUAAAAAACCUUGCGUGAGAGUACAACACUUAGGCCUGGGGAUUCUCCAUAGAAAAAGCCUGAAUCUCACAGCUGUCAUUUGUGGUGGCUGUAGGGAUUGUAAAAAGUUGACAGCAUAGCUAUGCCUUUUAUCAACCUCAAUAAGACAAAGACAAAAUAAGACAGUCCCUACUUUGUCUUAUGAUAUCUUUGGAUUGCGUUGCAAAUUCAAUGAAAUACUGAAAAGUCACAAAAUCGCUUUAAGGCAUUGAUAUAAAUAUAUAUAAAUGUAAAAGAAUGGUCAGUUAAUCAGUGCUUUUUAAAAAGUUGGAUUUGAUAGAUUUAGGUUAAAAAAAGACUCAAGUUACUAAUUUGUGUAUAUAUUUUCCUCUUUAUAUAAUUGUACCAAGGUUUUUGCACAUUGAAAUUGUCCUUAAUGAUCCAUGUAUUGUUUUGUGGAAUAUAUUAAAAUUGUUCACAUCUCCUUUUUAGGUAUUGUCACAAUACUGCGUGAAGGAUGUGUACCAUCAACUAGGAUCAUGCAGCUGUUUGAAGUAGCAAAGACCAUGGAGGACAUGAUGUAG